UGAACUGGUUAUUAACGUUUCAUUCGUGGUGAAUUAUUGUAUGUGUAGGUUGUGUUCUCAUUUCUGAAACAAUGUUAAAAACAGUUGUAAUUUUUUUAUUCAUUGUCGUCUGCGUCGAGUUUGAGUUGUCACAAAGUAGCCAUAUUGUAUCAAAGCAUCAACGGAGAAGACAAGCAUGGCCUCCCUCAGAAGAUGCUGGUUCAUCAUCAUCAAGUGGCAUGGAUUCUUCUCCAGGGGGUGGUGAAUUUGAGGGUAGUGGCUCAUCCAUGUCUGGUGAUGGUAAAUCUGACCAAAGUGCUUCAUCUUCCUCAAGUAGCAAUGAUUCAGAUGACAGCAAUUCAGACAACAGUGGUUCAUCUUCUUCAAGUGGAAGUGAUUCUGAUAGUAUGGGCUCAUCUUCUUUAUACCAAGGCAAAUCUGAUGACAGUGGUGAUUCAUCUUCUUCUAGUAGUAGUGGUUCAGACAACAGUGGUUCAUCUUCUUCAAGCAGUAGCAGUUCUGAUGGCAGUGGUUCAUCUUCUUCAGGCAGUAGCAGUUCUGAUGGCAGUGGCUCAUCUUCUUCAGGCAGUAGCAGUUCUGACAGCAGUGGUUCAUCCUCAAGCCAAGGAAAAUCUGAUGACAGCAGUGAUUCAUCUUCCUCCAGUAGUAAUGAUUCAGAUAACAGUGGUUCAUCUUCUUCAGGCAGUAGCAGUUCUGAUAGCAGUGGUUCAUCUUCUUCAGGCAGUGGCAGUUCUGAUAGCAGUGGUUCAUCUUCUUCAGGCAGUAGCAGCUCUGACAGCAGUGGUUCAUCUUCAAGUGGAAGUGAUUCUGAUAGUAUGGGUUCAUCUUCUUCAAGUCAAGGUAAAUCUGAUGACAGCAGCAGUUCUUCUUCCUCAAGUAGUAGUGAUUCAGACAACAGUGGUUCAUCUUCUUCAAGCAGUAGCAGUUCUGAUGGCAGUGGUUCAUCUUCUUCAGGCAGUAGCAGUUCUGACAGCAGUGGUUCAUCUUCAAGUCAAGGAAAAUCUGAUGACAGUAGUGAUUCAUCUUCAUCCAGUGGUAGUAGUUCUGAUGGCAGUGGUUCAUCUUCUUCAGGCAGUAUGAGUUCUGAUGGUAGUGGUUCAUCUUCUUCAAGUGGAAGUGAUUCUGGCAGCAUUGAAUAUCAAGGCAGACAAUCUGGUGGUGGUUAUAUCCCUGAUGAUGACACAUAUGGCCGUGAUCAGUACCCUCCUGUCUCAAACAACAAUUCUUCUGCAGGCGGAGGCCGUGUAAUACAACCAUGGGAAAUACCAUUCCUGUAUCCUUUUAGGAUGCAAAACGCAGUUGGGCUUAAUAUGUCCACACUAACACGAGUCAAUGAACCAGCACCUGCAUUUAUCUUACUCGGUGAUAAUGGUGACAUCACCAUAAAUAAUAAAGACAAUAUCUUUGAUGCUGGAUUCAAGAAUGGCGAUGUUACAGUGCGUACUUUCAAACACGGUCUCUACAUCAAUGAUAAAUUAGUUCCUUUGGAAAACUGGACCAUUGAUUUCCCCCUACUGUACUACCAGUCUGGAAAAAUCAAAUAUUUCCGUCUCGAUGUUUACAAAGAUGGUGCCCUGAGAUACAUAGAUAUUGGAGGAAGGUGGGCAACUGCCAGCAGUAAGGUGAAAUUAUAAAUCUGAAACUAAUAUUCAUUAAUGGAAGUGGAAGCUGCACUAUAAAAGAUCAUUUUUGAUUCACAGGAUUUUUCUAGUCUAGGUUCUUAUUAUGUAAUACCCUUUUUCAACUAGGCACCAAAGCACAUAUUGCUUCCUUGAUAGAAAUUUCUGAGUUACAGGUGCUAGAUUUAUUUUCUUCCUGAUUAGUUAGUAAGAUGUAUUUCACAGUUUUAUCAAUAAAAUAAAAUUUUUGCACUUAA